GUUAAUAUUCCGACAAUGACGUAUGAUCAAUUCAUUGUCACCGGCAAAGCCAUACGACCCAGUGCACCGCAGCAUUCAAUCCAGCUGCCGACGCGCAAACAUUACAACGCCUCGUACUUCCACGACAAUCGUUAUCGUCAUGAGGUGGCAAAUCAUUAUCGAGAUUUCAAAAUGCGUCCUCGCUUACGUCGCAGGAAACGUAAUGUUCUCUCCUAUAAUUUUAGUAAAACUGCAUCGUCGGCUAUACGCGAAGCGCCUUCGGAAUACCUGACGCAAUUGCCAAUGGCCGUACGGAGUUUGCCAAGAUUUGAGAACGAGUGCAAUACAACAACACGUGGACAACGACGAUUGUGUGAUGACAAACGUGAGAAUUUAGUUUGCAACGAUACCCUUAAGCGUAUUCAAAACGCCGCCGCCACAAGGAAAGACAACAAAAGUAUUGAAGCAUUGAGGAAUUUGGUCAGACGUCAGCUGAAACAAUUUCCGAGGUUCGAACCAAGGUCCAAUACAAAGGCACCAUCUGAAAUAAAUGUUGUUUAUUCGUCGCUGGAAAAGUGUAAAUACGCCAACGAUUUGCAGAAGCCGUCCGACAUCAACGAGGACUAUCAACAACGACGACGACAGCCGCAAAGACGUCGUAGCUUGGGAAAACUUGAAAGUGUUGAUGGACUGCUAACAAACAAAUACUACCCCCACCACCAGCAGCAACAACAACAACAACAAUUUGUCGCGAAUUACAAAGAAAUUCCAUUUACAAGCGAUUGCUGUGUAACACGAACAACCGUUCGCAAGCAACGCAAUUCAUAGCACCCACCCAGCUGCGGUGUAUUGGCCAAUGCUAAUGCCACCCUAUCGCAU